CCCCUACUUGUGUUAGAGUCUGCCUCCAGCCGCUGAACAUUCCUGGGUCAGAUGGAGUGCAGGAGAGGCCCACCCUAAAGCCAGCCUUCUCUGCAGUACUAGGGAGCGAGCUGAGCCGCACCCCCAGGCUUCUUCAGUGUUGAGACUGGGCCUCUGUAAAUUACUAAAUUGCCCAGCCUGAGCUCCAGCUUGCAGUCCUCCUGCCUCGGCCUCCUGAGUGCUGGGAUGACAGGCGUGCGUCACCACGCCAGGCUGGGGAUCUGCUUCUGGACUCUGAACAGUGACACCGCGAUUACAUGCCUGUGCCACCACCUGCUCAGAGCCAUCCUUUCAUUCUGGAUGCUGACAAGUAUGAGACGGAUCCCACGCUGGCGCAGAUCCGCAGGGACCGGAGCUACUCCUGGAUGGACAUCAUCACCAUCUGCAGGGACAAACUGCCCAACUUCAAGGAGAAGAUCCAGAUCUUCUACACGGAGCACUUGCACCUGGACGAGGAGAUCCGCUACAUCCUGGACGGCAGCGGGUACUUUGACAUCAGGGACAAGGACGACAGGUGGAUCCGGAUCUCCAUGGAGAAGGGCGACAUGAUCACCCUCCCAGCGGGCAUCUACCACCGCUUCACACUGGAUGAGAAGAACUAUGUGAAGGCCAUGCGUCUGUUCGUGGGUGAGCCGGUGUGGACAGCAUACAACCGGCCAGCCGAGCACUUCUCUGCCCGGAAGCAGUAUGUGAAGUUCCUGGAGCAGACGGUAUAGCUGCCCAGAACCAUCAUGUGGACCGAGGCCCAUUUCUGUUCUCUGCAUGAUGAUCUGAUCAGAAUUUUUUUAAUCAACUGAUUUU